ACACGUGACAUGUACUCGUGGCAUGAUCUGUAAAAAGUGGGUGUUGAUAAGUGGGUGGUGGGGGGCAAUCCCCUUGUGAAGAGUGAGAGGUCUGGUGAAAUGAGGAGGAAGGGGCGAGGCCAGAGGCAGUUGGGUGGUUGGGUCACUCGGUUCUCCUCGGUAAACUCAAUUCAACUGAGUGUUGGUGGCGUUCUCUGGCACUUAUUGCUGUGCAUUGCAGUGUUAUGCUUGGGUACAGGGUACAGGUACAUGUUUUUCCGUGUGAAGUUAACAGUGUGCAGUGGUAGUUGGUGUCGAGUGAUCUCAGGUGGAUGGUGCUGGUAACCAGGAGGAGGAAGAAUCACCAGGAGUCGAUGAUUCAUGACAAUCGAGAUUAGGAGUGUCGUUGAAUCACUGAAAAUCACUUGAAAUCACUCCGUCACGGAUCACUGGAGAGGGAGUGAUUCUCUGGUGCACCAGCCUCUUAUUAGUCCCGAUGUGAUCUGGCCACAUCUCAGAAUUAUGUAGACGAUCACCCCCCCAAAUUAGCGACACCAUGACACAAUAUCCAGCCGUUGGUGUGUUAUAAAUAUACGGAUAGGCGUUUGUACGGAUUAUUGGACUUGUUGGGACUGGAUUUGUGAGAUAUCAGAGUCACUGGGUGUCUUUGAGUAUUUCGUUUUGGUGUUUGGGGUCAGUUGUUGGGUGUCUGGGAGCAGUGGAUGCGGGAGGGGAUGUGAUUUUUAACGGGUGGAGCUGGGGAAAAGGUGAAGGAGUGGUUGGGGAACAUGGGAAUAUGGGUUUGAGGAUAUACGAGAUGAAAUGGUACUUGUGGGUGGGCUGGUGGUAUCAGACCAUCUCUUGGGCCAGUGGAUUUCCUGUUGCCUCACUUGAUUCGUCAGUUAUCAGGGGUGAGCCGUGGCAGCAGAGGUUACGGUGGGCUGUUGGGGCUCUUGCAGCUGCUGUUCUCGUUAUCGUCUGCGUUUUCAGUUGUCUCUGCUGCAGGCGACAGCGACGAGCCUCCAAGGGCUUCCAGAAUUCUGGAGCUGAAAAUACACAGGAAUUCAAGGAUGGCUCAGGCCUGUCAAAGGACGCGAUCCUCUCCGGAGGGCUCUCGACGUUGGAGCUGGAGGUGCCUCGAUCGACCUCAAAUAAUCGUGUAGAAUUCGAGCCUCUGCCAGUGGAGCGUUUCGUCCAGGAACCGCGUCCACCUGGAAAACCAAAGCCACCCUCGCCGUCGCUCUUCGACCGAGAAUUCGAUAACGACGAAAACGGCGAGAAUCCUAACCGUGAGUGGUUCUCGAAGGAGCUGCACAUCCCCCGAGAGCGUUUGAAGUACCUCCGAGAGAUCGGGAGAGGAUGGUUCGGUAAAGUUGUGGAGGGUACGCAGGAUCUGAAUGACUCGGGAACCCGGGGGAUCGUUGUGCGAAUCCUAACGGAGGAGGCGACAGCCAGCGAGAAGGCGUGGUUUCUGGGUGAAGCACUGCCAUACCUGAAGCUUCGACACAGAAAUCUCCUCGAGUUGUUGGGCACUUGUCUGGAGACAGAUCCCUAUCUGCUGCUCUUCGAGUCAUGUCCCACAGGGGACCUUAAGUCCUUUCUGCGAGCGAAUCAGAGGUCUGAGGCCCUCACCACUGAGAAAAUUCCCUUAAAGAUGUCUCUGGAUAUUUCUUCAGCUCUUGGACACAUGCACAGCCACGGUUUCGCCCACACAGAUCUGUCUGCCAGGAACUGCCUAGUCUCUCCCACUCUCUCAAUAAAAUUAGGGGACUACGGCAUUGGAGUGGAGAAGUACCCGGAGGACUACUACGUCGUGGGGGACAGAGCCCUCCCGAUCAGGUGGUCAGCCCCUGAGAGUCUAGUGUGCACAGACACGACUAUCGAGACUCGAGCGAUAACUCCAAGGGCCAAUCUCUGGAGCUUUGCCAUUCUUCUCUACGAGAUCGCCUCCUGGGGGAAGAGACCCUACGACUCUCUGGGGGACGAGCAAGUCAUCGAGAUGAUCCUCUCAUUAACGUUCGAGUCUCACCUGAAGCUCGAGGAAUUAUCCAGCUCUAAGAAUCUCGUGGAGGCCCUAAAAUCUUGUUGGAAAAUAAAUCCCAAUGACAGACUUGAUCUCGAGGAUGUGAUUGAGACCCUCCGGGGGAAGGAGUUGGAUUUCGAUGAACGUUGGCAGACCCUGAGGCCAAACACCAAAGAGAAGAGUGUGAGUCUGAAGGAGUUGAGAGCAAGUAUGGAUUCGGAUUUGUGGCAGGGAUUGCCUGAGGAGAAGCCCUCGACGACUCCCCAGGCUCGUUUCAGACUGGGACCAGAGGAGCCUUUGAAGCACGAAUUGAGGACGCAGAUGAGCCAGGAGUCCGGGUCUGAAACCGAGGAGGAGAGUUGGAGAGGGCGAGUGGAGCGCGGGGCCUACACUGAGAAAGUCAAGCAGAAGUCUAAGUCGAUAGCUGAUUUGAUGGUUCUAGUGCACAUAGACGAUGACUCCGAGGCCGAGUGGUCUCUGGGGCAGGUGGCUGACAGACCAAGGAAGAAGGUUAAUUCCUCUGGGAGUGUUGGGGACCUACCCUCAGUGAUUGCUGAUGAGUUCGACGAGGCUUUGAGGAAACUUCGAGAUAAUAUUAGUUCAAACAACCCAGAGAGGGAUCUAGGAGGUGAGGAGGUAAUUGAGGUGACGAUCGAGCCCAUCCCCAGAGCCAUACGCGAAUUCAGCUCGACGCCGAAGUCCUCCAGGACACCUGAGCCUUGCGAAACCGAUACCAAGGAUUUCGUGGACGUCGAGCUCUGGAAGAACGCCCUAGAGUUCGAGCUGGAGCGGAAAAAUCCGGGAUUCGAGUCGAUAAAUUUUGAGGAGAUAAUCCAAUCAGAUAAAGUGGAAACAGUUCCUGACCUGAUGGAGACAUCAUCAGCUCCAGAUACCCCUCAAUCCAGGGGUGAGAUAUCAGUGGACAAUGAGGACUUCUCCGAGGACUCACCGGAGGACAGGAGAAAACCCAACCACGAAGAAGAGGAUGAGAGAAAGCACUUGAGCACUCCCGACGACGAAAGGAGCUCGGACAGCGGUUUCAGGGACAAAGAGUCCUGCGAGGAGGAGGAGAACAACGUUCUAUUUAACUCUGGAAUUUCCCAUUCAAACACUGAAGAAGAACAACUCAAGAUUCUUUAUGAAUUGGAUACAAUUUUAGAUGCUGAGUAUUGUGGAAGUUAUGAGGAGGAGAGGCCUUCCAAUACAUUGAAAAUCAGUCACGAAGAUGAGAGCACAGAGAGCAUCAGCCAACCCACUGAAGUCUUAGAUCUCGAAAAGGAGAGGAUCAAUGGGACUGUAGAUAAUGUAAUUACUGUAGAUAAAGACCUAGAGAAUUGUACAAAUAAUAUUAAACACGAGCCCAGUGGAUCGAACCUGUCGAGAUACAGUGAGCAUGAUGAUCACGAUGCUGAGGACGACGACAGCUCGACUAUGUCCCUGAGAAGUGACAACUCGUACGUUUCGUUUAAUCUCGAUGAGGAGUUUGUCGCUGCCAUUAGGAAUGAGUUGAGGGAAAAGCUGCCAAGGGCCCAGUUGGCUGUGGUGGAGUCACAGGAGUUGAGAGACGACGAGGAACCGUCUGUGAACAGUGUCCACGAGGAAGAGGCCUCAUGGGGGCCUAAUGAGGAGGGCUCAGGCCCUGGAAAUAUUGAUAUUGCUAUUAGGUACAAUGUUUAUGGGACUCCCUUGAGUCCCAUCCUCGAGGAAAGGGAGAGUGCUGUGACGUCUGAGUCGUUGGCAUCGAGGGAGGACUCGAGGGAGGUCUCAGAGGGCUCCAGGUUCUCUCUGUCGGAAGAUGUUAUCGUCGUGGACACCAGGACAAAUCGAGUUGUUCUUGUUGAGGGUAAUGGAAAAAAUAUUGAGGAGGAUAGGGAUACGUGUGCAGAUAUUUCGGAUGAUGAGAGUGGUGAGGGAAAUGUUAGGGCUCAAGUGAAGGGGAAGACAGGUGGGGCUCCACUGCCAAGUCCUGAGGAGGAGUCCAAGUGGCAGGCCCAGUUUCCUAUUCCUCUUCAACUGCAGGAUGAUCUCAUGUCCACGAGUUUCAGCACUGAACACGAGUGGGACAGCCAGGAUGAGGAUGAGGAGGCUGGGGGAGAGGAGAGCCGAGGGGCUGAGGUGGAGGAUGGGAACAGCUCUAGCUCCGGGGAGUUCGUUUGGAAGAGGUACAAUGAGGAGAGCUGCAGGGAGGAGGUCACACCGACCAGUCAGAAAAUCGACGAGGAGGAUGACGAUGAGGAGAACUGCAGGGAGGCGGUCACACCGACCAGUCAGAAAAUCGAUGAUGAAGAUGACGAUGAGGAGGAGGAAUUCACACCCUCAGCUUGGGAUGCUACACUGGCUCCUCAUAGAUCUGCACUCAGAUCACCCGAGAAGAACGUCAAGAGUGGGGAGUUUUGUGUUUUUUCUUGCUCCCAGGAUGAACUGGAUCAGAAGAAGAACGUGUGGUUCAAGAAGCAGAGAUACCACUGUGUGUACGAGUACCCGAAGGAGACACAGUCGUCGGAUUUUCCGAGUCCAGCAGCAACGACAUGGGAGCCAACGUCGUACGUCGACUGGGAAGAGAUGAUGGACGAGCCCCGUCUGGACGUCUACCCCCUGGACUACGAUGAUUCGAAUCACCUGGGUGACGACGAGUUCUUCGUGAGCAGUGGUAAUAGACCCUUCCAAUUUCAAGCUGGGGAUGGGAAAUACGUGAGUCAAUUUUUCCCAGGGGCGAACGUCGGCACAAUCGACGACGACGUCACAGCACCCAGUGACAAUCACCAAGUGCAGCUCGGAGAGCUACGACACACUCGUGACAAAUUGAAGCUCAAUCUCCCCAUCACCCAGGAGAAUCACUCGGUGCCUCAGGUGUUCAACAACGAGUGCGACGAGGAACCAACAAACGACGAGAGAACUGAGCGCAAGGAGAACAGCUCUGAGUCAUCUCUCUCCAAGGACGAGCAGUCGAUUAGAUCAAUUCUUAGAUCUCCAGAGUUGUCCCCCGAUGAGAGGAAAACAGAGGACGAGAGUGCAGACGAGGUCAGCGAGCUCGAGCCCUCCAAGACUGAUAACACGAGCCAUCCUAAAUCUUCCGGGCGGCCCCUUGUCAUCUCCAGUGGAGGAGACACUGAAAUAACAGGUGGUGAACGUCAGAAGUCUCAAGGCAAUGAUCAAGAAAAUGGCACUCCCAAGGAUGAAGGAGUAGUUCAACCCUCCAACAUCGAAAAUGUCAUAGAGACACGCAGUGAGAUUGAAGAAACAGAGAAAAAUGGUAAUCCGGCCUGAAACGUCCAUGUCAUAAUUACAUUUUAGAGUUCAACCGUCCGAGGAGGGAAGAUUGCACUGUUGAUAAAUUUCCAGAGAUAAACUCAAGGCCUUCUGUGAGAAUUUUAUAGAAAAUUGUCGCAUUUUUUGAGGAUUAUUUUAGCAGGGAAGUGGGUCAGUGAGAGCAGUCGAAUUUGAAUGUUUUUGAAAAUUACGUUUUAGAGAAAGAAUUAGUGAAUGAGAAAAAUUAGAUGGAAGUAUUAAAAGACUUUUUUUCAUGGGAGUUUAAUUGGCUCAGGAAAAAGUAUUUUGACUUUUCCAUCGUGAACAGGGAGAGAGUUUUCAGAAUCAAUCGAUAAUGAUUCGAUAAUCGAUUAUGAUAAAAUAUGAGAGGACAAUUUUUUAUAGAAUUCUGACAGAAAAUCAGUAGCAUUUUUCGAAGGAAGCGGUAGGUUUUUCGAAAUUUUAUCAUAAUUUCGGUAAUUUCGAAAAGAGAAAGUGGCAUAAGUCAAAAAUAAGAUUAACACGUAUGGAAAAAUUCGACGUAACAAUUCCCUUGGAAUUCUAUUAUUUUUCUUUCAGAUUUGUGACAAAAAGAAAUCGACAAGUUUUUGUUGCCAUCGAUUCUGAUGAAAUUUUUAGGUGAAAAAUUCUCGAGUACGAUUUUCUCCGGAAUUUUUUCAUACGUGAAGACAAAACCUUUUAGAGAGCUCAAUUGGCCAAGUCCGUCCGCAGAUGAACUCCUUCACAAAGAGAAAAAGAAAAAUUCAUUUUUGGUCUUGUAAAUAUUCAGAGUACACGUUCAUAGAUUAAGUACUCUUUCAACUUUAGUUGAUACUUUUCAGAUUGCGAUAGUCUGGAGGUCUUUACCGAAUGUAUAUAUGUAUUAAUUUAAUCGUAGAUGCACCAGAGUCGUGCCUAAACAUUGAAGUAUCCUCAUUAUUAUUUUAAUCCGUGGUAAAAAAAAUCUUAAGCGUUAUUUUCUCGUUGAGCAUUACAUUAAUAUAGAUAAUAAUUUGUUUUAACAAUUCAUCGACAUAAUAUGAAAAGGGUAAUUUUCAAAGGUACUUUUUAAUUGUUAUUCGCUAGCGCCAAAACAGCUCUCUAUUCGUCGAAACGUAUUUAUUAAUUUCGCGAUGAAAUAAAAUGAAAAGAAAAACGAGGAAAAAUGGUGGGAGAAAUAUCAUUUGAGCAAGUUAGCCUGUGAUAAUGGAAACUACGAGAUAUUUUUUUUUUUUCUACAUUUGGAAAUGGAUCUGUGAUUGAUGAUAAAAAGGAUGGAAAGAUCAUUGAUUACUUUUUUAAGUAUUUACCUGAAAUUUUCGAUUAGAUUAAACCGAGAAUAUGCUAUUGACAAGUUCAACGCACAGUUACGUAAUUUUUUUUAGAGUAGGAUUCACCGAUUCUAUUGCACCAUUAAAAGAGUGGAGAAAUAUUUUUUAAUCAUUCAAUAUAUUCAACAAGUGAAUACCAAAAAAAAAGGAAGUGGAAGCAAUUUGAACGUGUUUUCUUACGUAUUUUCUAACUGAGGAGUAUUGCAAUAUUAAUUUUAUCCCAUUAACUCGACAUUUCGCUCAUAUUAAUUUUUUUUUAAUACGUAAAGCAUUUCGUUUAUAAAAAUAGUACGUCACGUGCUCGAGAGCUUUAUUUUACAGUAAUAAAUUCAUGGAAUCUCGAGGGAAAUCAAGUAAACAUAAGUUAUUUACUAUUGAAAAAAAUUAAAUCAAAGGUGCAGUAAACCGACUGAAUGCUCUCGAAAGCAAAAUAUUACGACAAUGAGGAGUGAGUCACCAAAAGAUAGCAAUUGUUAUCGCUACAUUGAUAGGGACUGUAGAUGCUCGGCUUUUCCGGCGGUCGUCAUUCAAGAACACCCAUAUGCACCAUCGCUACAAUUUGUAGGAUAUUACAAUGAAUAGAGGACGAUUAAUAUAUUGCUA